AGUGCGACGCCGGUGAUCACUUUACGGCAGAGCAUGCUGUUGGAGGUCAGUGGCAUGACGUCAAGGCGAGUUCUGAGCAGUAAAACACGAGUUCGAUUUGAUUUUGCGUUCUUAAAAUUUAUCGGAGGUACAGCAUAAGCUUUUAUAGAUGUUUUAUUUUAGUGAAGGUGGAUCCUGGCUGCGCUUCUGAAUAAAAAGCUUUAUAAUUUAACAUAGUGCUAACGACGUUAGCCGCACAGGCUCGACUCCCUAUUCCACUUGACCCUUUAACUUCACAGCCAUGGAUAAUAAUUCACAAGGAUCUGGGGGAUUUAAAGGAGGUCUCGGAAGUAUUUUUGGAGGGGGUGCCCCAGAAUACUCCAAUACAGAGCUGGCUGGAGUUCCGCUGACUGGGAUGAGUCCCCUGUCCCCUUACCUCAACGUGGACCCUCGAUACCUGGUUCAGGACACAGAUGAGUUCAUUUUACCCACUGGGGCUAAUAAAACUAGGGGGAGGUUUGAGCUGGCGUUCUUCACCAUUGGAGGUUCCUGUAUGACAGGAGCUGCCCUGGGAGCCAUCAACGGUCUUAGGAUGGGUCUGAAGGAGACCAGAGAUAUGACGUGGUCCAAACCACGAAAUGUUCAAAUUCUUAAUAUGGUAACCAGACAAGGGGGAUCAUGGGCCAACUCUCUAGGCUCUGUUGCCUUGUUGUACAGUGUUUUUGGUGUGGCGAUAGAGAAGGCCAGAGGAGCAGAGGAUGACAUCAACACAAUGGCUGCCGGCACAUUAACAGGAAUGCUCUUUAAAUCUGCAAGCGGACUGAAGGGUGCAGCCCGCGGAGGCCUGCUUGGUUUGGCGUUGUCUGGAGCUUAUGCCGUUUACAACAACUGGGACCAUCUCACCGGCUCCUCCUCAUCCUCGCGACUAUACUAAACUCCCAUGUCCUCAUUUCGUCACUUGAGGUCAAAAUGUGGAUGGAGGACGCAGCCUUCAGCCACAGACUGCAGGGAACUCCUAAAGGAAGGAAACCAAGAAACCCACGAGCAUUCUGGGAGUCUGAAGAUGGUUGUAAAAUAAGUUAAGGAAAAACAUGGACUCAAUUCCACAUUUUUGUGUUUAUCUUGUUAUGUUCUAUUACUGUUCUGUUUAGAAUCCCACGUCAGGGUUUAUUAUUUGUUAUAAGGUUGUUUUUGAAGCCUUUUCAGUCUUUGAUGCUAGGUUUUAAAAAUCAUUAAACGGAUGACGGAUGAGGGGGAAUCCUGUUUUUGUCAUGGCUUCUUUGUGAUUUCCAAACUCGGAUCAAAGCCUUAUUAUCCGUUUUUUUUAAUUGAUGUAUUAUAAAGCAGUGAGAAUCAUCAAAAGCUGUAUUGGAACAUAUAUUAUGAACUAAAAUAAAACCAUAAAUGUUU